GAUUUCUAUUUAAACCUCCAUCAUAGAUAAUAGAAAUAAGAUUCGAAGAUGACUUAUGGGUUAUUUUGUGCAGUUCAGGAUCAAGAAGUUAAACUUGUUUAGUAUGUAGUUUGUUUAUUUUAGGAUUUAUAAGAACUCAUUCUUUUACCUGAUACAAAUAGUAUAGUCGGUAUGAAAUUUUCUAGAACAGAAUGAACUUAGUACUUGCUCUUUCCUUUUCUCCAUGUAUAUCAUUUCAAGAGGUUCUAAUUUUUGUUGCUUGUAUGUAGUUAAUUGUGGGCUUGGAUUUUGUAAAACUUAGUAUCUAGUUAAAUAGGGAGGUUUAAGGCAUGUACCUUUUAGGAUGAGCAAAUCUACAUGCUUAAUGUUUGAGGCCUUUCAACUCCAAGCCUGUCGACCGUGACCGUGACCCAUCGAUGUAUUUUCUUUUGCAAUUUGAUAAUUUAUUAGCCUACAUUGAUGAUUGAAACAAGAAUAAUAUAAGUUAUAUCUUAGGCUUGAUCGAUGAUUGUGACAAGAAUAAUGCAAAUUUUAUUCUAGUAAUGUUAUGAAAUUUUAUGUUAUUUGACUCUGUUUAACUGGUUACAGUGGGGAGUGUAGAUUUUUGAAUUGAGAUAAUUACGUGCACGAGACUAGUUACUAAGGUGGUUGAAUCAUAGGAAUUCCUUGGUAAAUGAAUUCUAUGUCACUUUUUAGGCAUUUUUCUUUGGAUACAUGUGAGGAACAAAAUAUGUUUGGAGGACCCGUGUUGGUUUGCGGGAAUAGUUUUACUCUUAAGAAGUGAGGAGUAGGGGAAUGUCGGGAGCCGAAUUCUAAAUCCCAAUCAACCGGGACAUGGCUUCAAAUAAUUGAAUUUUAAAUUACAUCACGUGCGCGUUUGGACUUGGCACGUGAGCGGGUAUACCAAUUUUCAAAAAUGUUGACUUGGGGAGAGAGAAGAAGAAGAAGCUGAGAGUUAAAGAGAAAAACAAGGAAAAACUAAUAAUAGCAUAACUUUUUGUGAGCAAGUUAAUAAUAAAUUGACGGUAUUUAAUAUUUUAUGCUUACGUGGAAUUUCAAAAAUAGAAAAAGAAAAGAAAUUAAGACUCCUAUUAAUAUGUUUGGCUUUGGAACACAAGCUUCCGUUGAGAAAAAAAGGUGCUGAAUGUGAGGUCUCAAAUGUGGCGGCCCUCUACCAAUUUGCAGAGCCCCCGUCGGAACUCAUCGAUCUCUCCUCCUGCAGGCAACAAUCUAUGUAAGUCCUCCUUCGUCUUCCUGUGAACGUAUUUCGAUGGCCACUACUGAUAAGCAGAAAGAAGAUGGGAAACCAAAGAAGAAAUGCCAUCGAAGAAACUUGCAGAUUGAGGAAUUCCCCACAUUCACCAAAUGGUUAGGGCCACGCGGUCGUUCAAGUUCCCGCGACGAUACCAGUUCCAAAUCUUAUAAGCGAGGUGUUCCCUAUCCCCCUGUUAGGAGGAUACCUCGAGAUUCGUCGAGUGGAGGUGGUGGGGUAGUUGCCUGCGAUGUUUCCAAGGAAGACGGAGGAGUGGCUAUAGGUGAGUCGAUAUCUGCGCGAGGGGGUUGCUGCUGUUGGCAACGCUCCAAAUCUACUCAGCGGGAGUGUGGACUCAACUUCCAUUUCUCUCUGAGGAAGAGCAAGGUUGUUACCAAUGUUUCAGAGGGUGUCGCUGCUGGCGUUUCUGAUGUUCGGGAGGAGCAGGUCGUGGAAGCGGGUGCUGUUAUAAAUAGGGAGGGGUGUGGUUGUAGAUGUUCCCCAACGUUCCACAUCUGCGGGAGGAGGAAGGUACCGCCCACCGGAGUUUCAUACUUGCCUGAAAAGAGGAGUGGCCGUCGAAAGUCCAGAUCUAUUAGACGACGAGGCUUACCGGUCGUUGACGCUCCAAAUCUUCACAAAGAAGAGGGACCGGCAACGGACGGCCCUGAUGUGCUCAAGGAGGAAGUGGCUACUAGUUGUCCAGAUUUGGUGAAGGAAGGAGAGGCCAUCGCUGCUCCAGGUCCGUGCAAGGAGGGGAGUAGAUCUUGUUGUUCACAAUGGAAAUGUUUACCGUCGUUUCCAAUGUGUGGGAGGAAACUAUCUGUCGUCGAGGAAGAGGUGACUAUCGAGGAAGAGGUGAGUGUGUAUGAUCCAAAUGGGCCGGAGGUUGAAGAAGUCGCUAAUGGUCCAGAAUCAGUGAAGGAAGGGGAGGCCACCAUUGCUCCAGCUCCGUGCAAGGAGGGGAGUGAAUCCUGUUCACAAUGGAAAUGUUCGCCGUCGAUUCCGAUGUGCGAGAGGAAAGUGGCUACCGGCGAGGAAGAGUUAACUGUUGUCAAUGUUCCAAAUUUGCUGGACGUAGAAGUCGCUAAUGGUCCAGAAUUAGUGCAGGAAGGAGAGGCCACCGAUGCUCCAUCUCUGUGCAAGAGGAGUGGAUCCUGUUGUUCACAAUGGAAAUGUUUGCCGGCGUUUCCAAUGUGCGGGAGGAAAGUGGCUACCAGCAAGGUAGAGUUAACUGUCGUCGAUAUUCCAAAUUUGCUGGAGGUUGAAGAAGUCGCUAAUGGUCCCGAAUUAGUGAAGGAAGGAGUGGCCACCGGUUCUCCAGGUCCGUACAAGAAGAGGAGUGGAUCCUGUUGUUCACAAUGGAAAUGUUUGCCGUCGUUUCCGACGUGCGGGAGGAAACUGUCCGUCGUUGAGGAAGAGGUGACUGUCGAUGAUCCAAAUGUGCCGGAAGUUGCUAAUCGUCCAGAUUUGGCCAAGGAAGGAGAGGCCACCGUUGCUCCUGAUCCACGCAAGGAGGGGAGUGGUUGCUGUUCUCCACGACUGAAAGAUGUGUCGGAGUUUCAGAUACGCAAUUCGAAAGUGGCUGCCGGCAAACAAGAGAUGACCGUUGAUGUUCCAAAUGUGCUGGAGGUAGAAGAAGUCGCUAAUGAUGUUGUAAAUAAGCAAGACGACAUCUGCCCUGAGAAGCAGGAAGUGAUAGGUCUGCCGGGGUUUCAGAUAUGCAGUUCAAAAGUGGCAGCCGGCAAACAAGAGAUGACCAUCGAUGUUCCAAAUGUGCCGGAGGUAGAAGAAGUCGCUAAUGAUGUUGUAAAGAAGCAGAAGAAGGAAGUGGACGGCGAUCCAAAUACUGGAGAGGCGGUGGCUUCCUGCAGUUCUUCUUCAAAUCUUCACGAGGAGGAGGAGAAGAUCAAUGCCAGCGUUCCAGAAUUGCACAAAAAUGGGAGUGGCUGCGGUUGGUUUAAAUGGAUGCCGUCAUUCCUGAUUUGCGGAAGUAAGGUGGUUUCCGACGUUCCAAAUCCAAGCAGGGAGGAGAAAGUAGUCGCUGGUGAUUCAGAUAUACAGGAGGGAGUAGGCGCUGCGGCUGUGGCUGUGGCUGCCGCUGCCGAUUCCGAUGCCGAUUGGGAAGCGCAAUCCAAAUCCGCUCGACAGGGAAGUUGUUGGCCAUUCCAGUGCUGCACAAUAUGGUGGCCGUCCAAACUUCUGUGCACGGGGGGGAUGGAUGUCAAUGCCUCAAAUCAUCAAGAGGAAGAACAAGAGGAACCUCUCAGCGAUAACAAGGAGAAGGUUGUUGACGUUCUUACAGUCAAGCACAACGAGAAAGGAGCGGCUAUGGGCGUUCCAGAUCUUCACGAAGAGGACGGUACAGUUGCCGACAAGCAGGUGGCUGUCGUCGACAUUCCGGUUCCCCGUAAGGAAGAGAAGGAGUCUGCCGGUGAUACUCUAGAUCUUAUUCAGAAGGAAAAGAAGGCAUCUUCAGGCAAGGAGGAGGAGGAAAAUGUGGGCUCUGUGGUUUCAGAUUCGGGCAAGGAGGAGGGUGGCUGCUGUUGUAGCUUUAAACAUGGGGGAAAGGAGGAUGGCUGCUCCCGCCGCGGCAGCGGCAGCGGCCGCCACCGCCGUCAGAGUUCUAAUUCUAGGGAAGGAUGUUGGCCAUUUCAGAUCUGUGGGAAAGGGUGGUUAGGGCUACCAACAUUCCUCAUUUGCGGUAGGAGAAAAAAGUUGUCAGAUAGUAUUGCAUCGGCUGGUAAUGGCGUUUCAGUUUCAGACAUUAGUAACGUGGUGGUGGCUGUCGCCGGUACUUCCAGCGUAUUGGCUGUCGCCGGUACUUCCGGCAUAUUGGCUACCAUCAAUAGUUCUAAAUCUAUGCCUAUGCCUAUGCCUGGGUGUGGUUGUUGGUACUCCAAACCACCACGGAGGCGGUCGGUAUCUAUUGAUAAGGAGGAAGGUGACAGUCGGUGUUCCAAAUCUUCUAAGCGGAGGAGAGGGGGUUCCCGACGAUCAGGAAGGAAAGAAAAAGAGGGAAAGGAAAGAAAAAGAUAGAGAAACAAAUUCUUUUUUUCUUUUU